AUGUCCGAGUCAGAUUUCCCGACCUAUCCAAAGUUACCUCGCAAUACAGUUCAACGUUAUGGCAAACCAAGAGGCAAAUACGACUGCAAAACCAUUCACGAAAUCGUCAACACAACCCAAGUCCUCCACGUCUCAUUUCCCACACCAGACACGAGCGACCCCUUUCCAGCCAUGAUUCCCAUGCUUGGUUUCAUGGCGUCCUUCUCUUCCCCGGACGCCCCCGUUUCCGAACCCCUUGACCUCUACCUGCAUGGCUACAUCUCCUCACGACUCAUGCGUCUCGGCAAAAGCUCGCCCACAGAUGAUGAAGAAGGUCUUCCUUUGACCAUUGCAGCAACUCAUCUCGAUGGCUUAGUGCUUGCUCUCACACCGAACCAUCAUAGCUAUAACUAUCGCUCUGCUAUUCUUCAUGGCUAUGCUACACCGGUUGUUGAUGCCAACGAAAAGCUGUGGGCUGUGGAGAAGAUUACGAACGGGGUUGUAGAUGAGAGGUGGCAGCAUUCUAGAGUUCCACCGACGAAGACGGAGAUGACUAGCACGCAAAUCUUAAGGGUUAGGGUUGUGGAUGCUAGCGCUAAGAUCAGGAAUGGCGGUCCCUCAGAUGACAGGGCGGACAUGAAGAACGAUGAGUUGAGAGAGAAGACUUGGAUAGGUGUGGUGCCGACCUGGACGACAUAUGGAACACCAAUUCAGAGUCCAGAAAACAGGGUGAAGGAAGUCCCGGAGCAUAUAACGAGAUUUUUGAAAAGGGAGAAUGAGGUUGGGGAGAAGAAUGCGGUGUUUGCUGUCAAAGGAGAAUAA